CCUCGCACGAUCAUAUAUAAGAGUACUCUCUCGCGCCUGGAAAUGGCCGCUGAGUCGCCGAGCGCAAGACCUCACCAUCUCUGAACAAGCUGUUGAAGAUACAGCAUGAUCUUCUCAUCAUCUCGUAUCAGCGUUGUAGCCAUUGUCGUCAGCCAGUCCGUUCAGGCACUCGGCAACAUCCAGUACCCCGUGGGGAUCGUGAACGCGGAGACUUUCGGCUCGCUGAACUUCACAGAGAUCUUCGCCGCAUAUGGCGGCGAUAUGUCGAACGCAGCGUGGGCGCGCUCGGCAUGGAACGGUCUAACUACGUUCGCGAGGGCUCCUCCCCUCAGAUGCUUCGGCGCUGAUUUCGAGACGGGUUACGACGUUGCUGUCUUGGGCGCGCCAUUCGACACCGCUACUAGCUUCCGUCCUGGUGCGCGCUUCGGCCCUAACGGCAUCCGGCAGGGUGCUCGUCGUUUGGGAAUCGAUAGGAUCAACGUCCCUGCCAAAAUACGCAUCACCGACCACCUCGAUGUCGUUGAUUGUGGGGACGUCCCCAUGGUUUUGACCGACAACAAGGUCGCUCUUCGGCAACUCGAGCUUGCAAAUGCCGCUCUGCUAUCUAAGACCAGCCUACGGUCGUAUGAAGGGAAAAGCAUCGCAAAGGACGGGCAGUUCCAUCCUCGUGUUCUGACCCUGGGUGGCGAUCACACCAUCACGCUUCCUCUCCUCCGUGGCGUUGCAGGGGUCUACGGGCCCGUGAGCGUUAUUCACUUUGACAGCCAUCUCGAUACUUGGAAGCCAAAGCAGUUGGUGGGCGGCCCAUGGCUUCCGGACGAAGAGAUCCCUGUCUCGCACGGAAGCUAUUUCUGGUACGCGCACAAAGAAGGUCUCCUUGCCCCCAACCACUCCAACAUUCACGUCGGAAUACGCGGAGCAAUCAACAGCUGGCAAGACUACGACGACGACUAUGCUGUCGACUUCAUUAUCUCCCAUGCGUGGGAGGCUGAGGAUAUUGGCUGGCGCGGCAUCGUUGAGAAGAUCAAGGCCACUGUUGGCGACAACCCCGUGUACAUUUCGCUCGACAUCGACGUACUCGAUCCGGGCGUGGCCCCUGCGACGGGGACUCCUGAGAUCGGAGGUUUCACGACCAGGGAGAUCAAGAAGAUACUUCAGGGCCUUUCUGGCCUGAAGGUCGUCGGCGCAGACAUUGUCGAAGUCGCUCCAGGUUACGACACGCAGGAUGAGAUCACCUCGAUCGCAGCCGCUAACAUUGGAUGGGAGAUUCUCGCCUUGAUGGCGAAGACCCCUCUUACUGCUUGACCAUCCCUGUAUAGGUGACAGUUGGUCGCUAUGCUGAUUAGAAUCCAACACUCCUGCAUCUACUAAUGAUCCACUGUUCA